CCUUUUUUCCGGAUCCUAUUUUCCCCCACCUCCCAUCUCCGUCUCUCUCUCUCUCUCCAUCUCUCGCUCUCAUCCAGUGUUAGGUAGUCAUCAUCUCCGGCACACAUUUCCGGCAAAAACUUUCCUUAAACUAAUUUCUUCUCCCUCAUACCCCUCCUAUCAAUCGCUUUCUUAGCUCAAUUGUCUGGACAGCCCCUUCAAAGGGCGCGCGCACUUCCCCAAAGUGCGCGCUCUACCACCCUAUCAUGGCUCAUCGCCGCUAUUCUUCCUAUCCACCUCUAUCAAUUCUCCUCCUCCUCCUAUUCCUCCUCUGCGCCUCCCCGUCCUCGGCGGCGAAAUCUGAUGAGACGGAGAUUCUCCUCAAGUUCAAGGAAUCGUUGGAGAAUGCCACCGCGUUAUCCAGCUGGAAUCCCUCGAAGCCGCCCUGCCAGGGCGAGCGCCCUAACUGGGAAGGCGUCAUGUGCGAGGCCGGCAAAGUCCGCGGCCUCAAUUUGAACGAGAUGGGUUUGAAGGGAACCAUAGACGUGGAGUCCCUGGGUGAGCUCCCGGGUCUCAGGGUUUUCGCCGCCAUAGAGAACAACUUCGAAGGCUCCAUGCCGGAUUUUACCAAGCUGGGAUCAUUGAAACACCUUUAUCUGUCGCGUAACAAGUUUUCCGGGGAGAUUCCCAGCAAGGGAUUCGAGGGAAUGAACUCGUUGAAAAAGCUACAUUUGGGGAAUAAUGGGUUCGUCGGCGCCAUUCCCACCUCCUUGGCCACGUUGGGGAAGCUCAUAGAAUUGAUGCUUGAGAACAAUAAAUUUGAUGGCAAUUUACCAAAUUUUAAGCAAGAGAGAUUUACCUUGGUAGAUUUCUCCAACAAUUUACUCGUGGGUGAAAUCCCUCCUGCCCUCUCUAAGGUCAAUGCUUCCUCAUUUCAAGGAAACGCUGGUCUAUGUGGAGCACCAUUGAAAGCAUGCGUCGUUAACCCCAAGUUAUCUACGGCAACAAAAGCCGUCGUCGGGAUAGCCUUAGCGGCGGCGCUGGUAGCGAUCCUCCUGGUCAUCUUCAUCCUCGUGAAGCGCAAGCCGGAGUCACCGGCAGAUGACGUACCAGCAACGGCGCAAGCCGCGGCCCAACGGAAAGCGCCACAGGACGAAAAAAUGGACAAGAUAGAAAAAGGCUCACCGGCGGCGUCGAGUACGCCGCCGCAGCGCUCAACCGCGUCGUCGUCGUCGCCGGCGCCGGCGGACUCCAGGAGACCCGACCAGAGCGUGAAACUGUCGUUCUUGAUAGAGGGCAGGGAGAAAUUCGGGUUGCCGGACCUACUAAAGGCGUCGGCUGAGAUAUUGGGGAACGGCAUAUUUGGGUCAACUUACAAAGCUGCCCUCACCGCCGGCCCCGUCAUGGUGGUUAAGAGAUUUAAGCAUAUGAACAAUGUCGGAAAAGAAGACUUCCAUGAACAUAUGAGGAGGCUUGGCAGGUUGUCCAAUGAGAAUUUGCUUCCUGUUGUGGCUUUCUACUAUAGGAAAGAAGAAAAGCUCUUGGUCUCCGACUUUGUUGACAAUUGCAGCUUAGCUUUUCAUCUCCAUGGUAAGAACAGAUCUGGAAGCUCUAGCCUGGACUGGGCAACACGGUUGAAAAUUGUGAAAGGAGUAGCGAAAGGCAUAGGCUAUCUGUACACGGAGCUACCAAGCCUAACAGCGCCGCACGGCCACCUCAAGUCCACCAACGUCCUCCUCACAUCAUCGCACGUGCCGCUGCUCAACGACUACGGGCUACUGCCGGUGGUCAACCUGGAGCACGCCCAAGCGCACAUGAUCGCGUACAAGUCGCCGGAGUUCCGGCAGGGCGGGAGAAUCACGAAGAAGACCGACGUGUGGGCCCUGGGGAUACUGAUUCUAGAAAUCCUCACCGGAAAGUUCCCGGAAAAGUUCGCGCAACAAAGCAAGGGGAGCGACAGCGACCUGGCGACCUGGGUGGAGUCGGCGAUCGGCGACGGGGGCGAGGGGUCGGCGGAGGAGGUGUUUGAUAAGGGGAUUAGAAACGGGUGCCCCGGAGAAAUGAUGAAGCUGUUGAAGAUAGGGAUGAGUUGCUGUGACGUGGAUGUGGAGAAACGGUUGGACAUAAAGCAGGCUGUGAAGAGCAUUGAGGAAGUGAGGGAGAGGGAAUGAGAGAAAUAAAAAAAUAAUAAAAAUAUUAAUAAUAAUAAUCCAUCUACUGUCGUACACGUGUCACCUUAAUAUAAUGCAUGCAUGUUGUUCAUGGGAUAGAUGCCUUUGGUACUAAAAAAAAAACUAAGAAUUGCUUUGUUUAAUUUAAUUGAAUUAUAUUGAAUUUCACCCAAAAUAAGGGAAAAUAUUUGGUUUGGACUAUUAUUGAUGCAUGGAUCGGAGGAAAAAGUUGUGAAUAAUUUUGAAGAAUGGGGGUGCAGUGCGUAUGUAGCAGCCGGAAUUCAUUUGAUUUUGGGUGACGAUGAAAAGACAGAUUGAGAAAGGAAAUCAAGUUUUAGAUUAUAACUUCCACCAAACAUGAAGAUAUGACAUGAUGGAUGGGUAAUUGAAUUGGGAUAUGAUGAUCAGUGUAGUUGUGUUUUAGAUCUUAUAGUAUAUGCGCACUGCAUAAAAUAAUUGAGAUAUAUUAGUGCCUAAUACUCGAAAAUUAAGUUUCUAGCAAACAAAUUAAUGUAUGUAGCUAGUAUUAUGGUUAUGGCAAUUAUAUUAUAAUAAAAUAAAAGAAAUACAGUAUUACUCA